ACACUGAGGCGCUGCACCGAGCAUCAUGGGAGACACUCAGUCUGCACAACGGGAGAGCAGGAGGGAUGGAGAGGCUGUGGUGGAGGAGGAGGAGGAGGAGGAGAGCGGGAGGGUGGAGGAUGCUCCUGCACCACUGAACGCUGAAGAUAAGCCUUUUUUCAUCCCAGAGAUCAAUGGAAAAGCAGACAGCACUAAAGGAGCAGGAGCCCAUGGUCAUCAGGACGGGGAAAUGACUGAGGAUGGAGAUGUUUCAGAAACAAAACAACCAAAGGAAGAAGUGAGAGCGUUAGAAAAUGUUGAUAUAAAUGAGAAGAAAUCAUCUGAUGAAGCUGAAGAAGAAAAACCCCUGACAAUCAUUGAAAUGGACGCAAAGCAGAACGACAAUUUUAGAAAACUCUUCAGUAACAUUGGUUUAAAACUGACCGUUAACAGAGGUUCAGACGAGAAGGAACCCGACAGUCCAGAAGAAAUCAACAGAACUGCAAAGGAAACUACGAGCGAUCAGGCUCCGCAGAAUAUCGAUCUGUACACACACUGUGACAAUGAUUCCACAACAUGUCCGACAAUGUCAGACGGCACCUCUGAGGACAUUCUAGAAAAUACAAGGGAAACAAAAUCACAGACCAAAGAAGAAGCAGAGUCCGACUGUGUAGAUACAGCAGCCACUUCACCUGAGACCGAGGAGGAAAAGGCACAAGAAGAACCUUCACCUGAGGAGGAUAAGAAUCAGACAUUUUCAUCCAGUCCUGAGCCAGAGGAGGUCAUGUCUCCAGUUAAAAGGUUUUUUACCACUGGGAUAUUUUCAGGGCUACGGAAGAAAAAGAAAUCCACAGAGGAAGAGCCAAUAGAGAAAGAGUUAGUUGAGACGGACAAAGAAACAGAAGAGAUAGAAGAAGAAACCGGGGUUAAUCAACAGAUUAAAGACACUGGUGUUUUAAAUGACGAUGCCGCUAACGAUGAGACGGCGUGCAAAAACGAAACCACCGGUGCAUCAUCGGCAGCCACUGUCAAUCAGCCUGAAAUCUUAAGCUCUCAAGAAAAAGUCCAAGAGAGUCCUUUCAGACGACUGUUCUCAAGCUCUAGUUUGAAGAAACACUCAAAAAAGCCCAGAAGCAGGAGGUCUAGUACUGACAGGAUCUCAGACUCUGGUGAACACUCAUCAGAUCAGAUGAUGCCAGCAAAACCAGCUGAUAAUCAGAAAGAUGGAGAAAGUCCAAGCCAACCUUCUCUAGAAGCAGCAGUGGAGGAGGAAAGUGCAUGGGUCUCCUUCAAGAAGCUCCUCACUCCUAAAAAGAACGUCAAGAAGUCGUCAUUGACCAACGGGGAGACAAAAGUCCCAGGAUCAGAAGGGGAAAGGAAACGCAGUGAAGGAGAGCAGAUAUCGGAUGAAAGUACAGAAGAAGGAAAAUCAAAACGGAAGGAUUCAUCCGUGUCCUGGGAAGCUGUUUUGUGCGGAUCAGGGAAGAAGAACCGAAGCAGAAAAACAUCAGACUCUGAGGACGAAACACCGCCGACAGAAAAUGAAAAUAAAAAGCAAGAGAUGCCACUGGAAAGAUCUAACGAGGUCAUUAAAACUCCAUCCAUAUCGUCAAAACAGACAGAGAGCUCGGACGAUGAAGGAGGAUCGACCUGGAAGUCAUUUAAAAAACUGGUCACUCCAAAGAAGAAGGUCAGGAACGAAGAGGACAAAGACAACGUUCUGUCUGACAAUGAAACAGCACACGAUGAGUCGUCCUUCUCAAUAAAGACGUUUCUCUCUGGACGAAAGAAAAAGAAGUCUGUCGUCAAUCAAGACCUAGCAUCUUCAGAUGAGGCUGAUAAAGAAGAGGCCUCAGAAGACGAGGAUUCAGAGACACCAGCUGUGGUUCCACUCUCUGAGUUUGAAAUUGUCGAAGCAGAAGUUCACAUUAAAACACCAGACAACGAACAGACAAGUCCUCUACCUAAAGAACUAGCCACAGAACCACAGCAGGAUAUUGAUCCAAUGACCAAGCCGAUCAUACCCACCGACAGCCUUCAAGUUCAAGACACUGAGAACAACAUGAAGAGCACGGUAUCCACAACUGCUGUUGCGAAGGAAGAGCCAGAGGAAGUCACAGAAAGUAUCAGCACUCAUCAACUGCUCAGUGAUAUUCCAGAGGAAGGAAUAAUCACAGAGACAGUGGACAUAGAAGAGGUAGUUAGAGACGACACGAUAGCAGAAGAUGUGAUAGAGAUCACGUCUGAGGCCAUCACUGCUCCAGAGCCAGUAGAUGAAACUGAGAUGGUCUCUGCAGUCUCGCAGCUCACACACUCCUCACACACAUCUGGAAACAUCACACCAGUCCUCUUAGACAGUGACAUUAAGGACACAGAGGAGAUCCUGCACCAGGUUGUAGAAACCUUCACCAUGAGCCCACGAACAGAACCGCUGUUUUCAGAGGAUAUCAGUCCAGAAAGGAUAGCAGGAUCCAUCACGCAGAGAGUACUAGAAAAAUGUGUCAAAGAGGAAAAGACGCUUCUGGAAAUACACAGAAGAAGUGACGUGACAACCAUCAUCACCGGCCUCAGUGCUGAAGAAGUGGAAUGGGACGGUGAACUGGCAGGAACGACACAAACAGAAAGCAUUUCCGAAGUCAAAGAGGUCAUGUCCACAGAAAUAACAUCGGAAGUUCCAACUGAGGAGUUCGUCAGCGCUGAUAUUUCUGCAGAUGAAGUUCAUGAGGCGAGUGUUUCAUGUCCAGCUGGAGGCAACCACAACAUGGAAACUACUGACGCAACCGAAGCUGAGUAUACAGAGACAGAAGUAGAAGUUAAUUUGAUUGUUGCAGAGGAGGGUUAUCGUGAAGAGGGCCCUCAUGAUGUGAACAUAGACUCUGGAGGAGCAGAACUGGAUAAGAAAGUAGAAGAAGAUGAAGAUGAAGGUGCAUCGGAAAUCCUCCAAAAUGACAUGGACAAAAUCCAAGAUGAGAACAGAGAUCAGCCACCAGAGGAAGAGGAGGAGUCACAGGAAGAUCAUGAAAAACAAGAUGCAACCAGAGAGUCAGAUGAGGAGAACGACACUGAAGAUGUUGUAGAAGUUACAGAUGCGGUACGACCGAGAGAGGAAGUGGAAUUCACUGGAAUUGUCGAUGCAGGGAAGGAAAAUAAAACACACAACAUUGUUGCACAAACUGAAGAAUCAGAAUUGGAAUUGGUAUCUUCACAGACAGCUGUGGGGGAUUUAGUGGAAGAAAGUACGAUGUUGUUCAAACUGAAAGGAACUGAAGAUGCACCAGAAGAAGAAUCCAAUAUAGACCAAAGUAAAAAAACAGAGCCUGUCAGCGAAAGCUUUGCCAAAGAAGAGACAAAACUCGUAGUUAAUGUAGAAACUGCUGAAACCAAACCCAGUGAAGAACCUGAAAUCUUAGAAGCUGCUCUGACUAACAACACAGAUUCAAAGGUGGCCAGCAGUCAAAUGCUGGAAAAAGAUGAGAUAUGGGAAGAUAUUCCAGCUGAAGAAUCUGUUACAGACAAGUCCAAAGAUGAAUCGGAAGUUCUCCUUGAAAAUAGUACUGAGGUACAGGGAGAAAACUGUCUACAAACAGACGCUGCAAAGUUGGAACCUCCUGAAGAACCAGACGUUGUAGAAGAUGUGCAAACUGACACAUUCGACGUAGACAACAUUGAUCAGAUAUCUAAAAAUAAAGCAACAGAUAUAGUAGGAGUGGAAGAGACAGAUAUAGUCGAGCCCUUGAGGGAAUCUGAGCCGUUAGCUAAAAAUGAUGUUCAGACGGAGGCAGAGCAACAAGAAGAUGCUGAUCAAACUGUAACUGCUGAAGUUCUUCUAACAUCUACAUUAGAGCUUGGAACAAUCACAGAACUAAUGAUCGAAAGGCAAGAUACAUUAGAAGAGGUCCAAACACAGAAAACAGAUAUAGAGACAUCACAGGUGAAAACAGACUGUGAGCAGGAGGUAAAGACAGAGACAAAAAGUGAUGAUGUACACUAUGAUGAGGUGUUAGAAGAGGGACAAGCAGCCAUGUCAGUGACUGCAGAAGAGUGUGGCGUUCUAACAUCGCAAGCAGUGGAAGUACCUGAAGACAUCACUGCAGUGGGAACUGUUUCAGAUCGAGCAGACCAGACUGCAGAUACUUUAAGUUAUGACUAUAAAGUAGUAGACAUUAAAGAGGUCGUGCAAGAGCACACAUUCGAUAUGCAGGAAGGUUCUGAAAAAGAGGUUUUGUCAGAAUCUACUGCAAAGACAGAAGAGGUUUCAGAUGAACCCAGAGAAGAGACACAGCCUCACAUUAUAACCCGUGAACCAGAAGAAAGUGCUGAAACUGAAUCGGAGGCUUUAGAAGCUCCAAAAGGAGAAAUGACUGAUUUAGAUGAUGGCUGUGCUCAAACAUCAAAUACAGAAGAACCUCCAAAGAUAGAAACUGUUACGGUUGAAAUCACGCUGGCUGAUGAAGGCGAUAAUGAGCCAGAAAUAUCAACAGAAGACACCACUACAGAUGUCCAACCUCUAGAAACACAACCAAAAGCACAAGUGUCCACGUCGUCAUUUGUAGAUACUGGAAGAGUUGAAGUUCUUUCUGUAGAAUUUGAAGAAGAAAAAUUAACCGAGGAGGAUUCCAAAUCAGAAAUCGAAUCAACUCAACCUGAUGUUCUCCAAGGAAAAAUUGAACCUCCAAGUCUCGAGGUAAAGCAUGCUGAGAUCAAAGAAGAGACGACACUUUGUGCAAACGAUGUUGAAGCUGCAGCAGCUACGUCUGCAACAGAAGACUGUAGUGUCGUCAUUAUGAAUUUACCUCUAGUACAAUUUGAGGAUAAUCAUCAAAUUCAAGUUCAAGUGGAGGAGGUUGAUGCCGAAUCUGCUGAAGAGACUGUGGACGCAGUGGUCAAAGUCUGCAUCACAGAAACCACGGCUGUUAUAGAUGUUUGUCAGGAGACGGCAGAUGAAGUCGAAGAACUCUGUGCCACGGUAAGAACUGAGGCAACGAUUGAAGAAGGAUCACUGAUCGUUCAUGAGUUUACUGAGCAGGAACUACAACACGAAUCAAUGACUUUCCACGGGGAACAAGAGGUUCUGAAAGAGGCAGACACAGAAACUAAACAUAUCGCCAAAGAAAAGUUCACUGAACAAGAAGACAAAAGCAUUAUGGAGGACACUGCAACAGAUAAUAAAGAAACUGCAGCUGAACAUCAAGAAUCCAAGGAUCUCAGAAAAUCUCCAGAUCGCCCAGAAAAGUCAGAGGUUUCAUUCCAUGAGAACAAAGACAAAUCAGCAGAACCUAGCACUGAUGGAAAGUCUAAAGUUGAUGUGGUAACUGAACAGAUCAAGCUGCCGUCACCAAUAACCAAAGAAGUUCCAAACAUCGAACAAAGUCAGAUUUUAACACCAAACUCUGGAUUAGUAAUCCCCCAAAACACAGGAAUACUCUCAUCUCUGGGAAGCGUAGAGUCACCCUCCAGUCUGUCAUUGGAGUUCAAACUCAACAUACAGUUUGCACAGACAAAGGAACAGACUUCUCCACCACCUACACUGGAGAGAGGUGACAGAGUGAAAAAGACAGAUGUGUCUGAUGUUGGUGUUCAGGCUGUGGAACCUGAAAUAGUACCAGGAGUAAAUCAGAAAACAGCUGAAGUGGUAGAUUUCCCACUUCAGGGAACAGAAAUAGCAGUGCUAGAGAACCUUGAUCCAAGAGAACCCGUCAUUCAGUCUGUAGUACUUUUGGAUGUUGGCAUGCAAACAGUAGAACCAGAGGAACAAACUGAACCCAGUGAAAGUGUACUAAAACAUUCUCAAGUGACAGAAACAGUUCUGCAAAUGGAGCAAAGCGUUGUGUUCCAGACUCCAGAAAUCUCUGAAGUUCCCCAACCAGAAACGCAAGAAAAGGAACCUGUUAAACACACAGAUGAGGAAAACGACCAGGAUGUGUGGAUGGACGCAGAAGAAGACAUCGACACUCUAGAGGGGACAGAACCGAUCCUUCCUGUGGUAGAUGAACCAACACGGCUCCACACAGAGAGCCACUCUGAGGAAAAUGUUCUUCUUGAGCAAAGGUCUGGGAAAGCUCCAGAGUUUGGGUCUGAGGAAAAACAAAAUGAAAGACAACGAGGAGACAGAGGGCUCGAGAGCGAGGGUGAAGAUUGCGCUGCAGCACUGGAACCAUUAGAUAAUACAACCACAAACACCACUGUGAUGGAGUACGACUGAAAAUACAUUUACCAGCGACGACUGGUGAGAAUAUUUGUUUAAUUAUUAUAAAUUGUUUUUUUACACUGGAAUUAUGCAUUCAGCUCCUAAUAAAUGUAAUUUACUUUUGUUUUUACUAAAGGACAAGCAAGAAGACGUCAAACAGAAGAACCAAUUAAGAAAACAGCACAUUUGUCUAUUUACCCUGACAGUCAUGGACUUGGGGUCGUUGGGGUAUUUGGUGGAUUGGGAGUUGUGACAUGAAGCAAAUAUUGCAGGAUGAAUUUUUAAUUGAGGCAGUUCAUGGUGCAACCAAUCACAAUUAUACCAUAAUAUUCCCACUGGAAGAUAAAUACAUUUUUCAGUUGUGUCUCUUGACCAUCUCAGUUUAUACCAGUGCUAACUUGAUGAGUUGGACUAUGGACUGUCAAUCAAUUUUGCCUUACACCUUAAAAAACAUGCUAAAUGCUCUAAUGGCUAAUGCAGAGGUUCCAAGGUCAUGUGACCUCGAGCCUUGACAGAUUAGAUCAGUCUGUUGAAAGAGUCUGGACUAACAGGACUAACAAUGAUGAGUGUUCAUUUAGGACCUAUUUCACCCCUAACUGAAUGAACAUGUGUUGAAUGGCAAUCACUUUGAUGAACAAUCUUUUAAUUUUGUAUGAUCACCUGGUAAAGACAGAUAUGGUAAAGUAUUGGAACAAUGAUUUCAUGUCUGAUAAAGGAUCAGGUUUUUAUGUUUAUAGAGAGUACAGUGGUCAACUGUAGAUGUUUCCUAUAAUUCACUCUGUAUCCUUAUUGCUUUACAUGCAAAACCAAACUAUCUAUGCAGAUAAAAAGCAUCAGCAGACGUGAGCAGAUAUAAUAUAUACACAAAUUUGUAAUGUCACUUGUAAAACUUGUAAAAAAAAACUGUUUAAAGCAAAUACAAGCAACACUGUGCUCAUGUGAAUGUCUGAAGACUAGCAAUGACUUGUGUUUUUUUUAGAACUAAUUUUACACCAUAUAUUUGACUUUUUAUAUUUUCUGACCUCUAGAGGUUAUACAGUAUAUUUCAUAUUUUGUUUUGAAAAGCACAGCCUUAAACUUUAACACUGGCAGCUUAACUUGUCCUCAUUUAUUGCAGAGUUUUUGGUUUUUGUGUCUGGCCUUAUGUUGUCAUUACUUUGUGCAGAAGAGGAAACAGGGUUGUUACAAGUCAUCGUUGAGCAAGACACACGCUUCAAUCACGUUCAUCUAUCUUCACAUGUUUGUAAUUACGGUACUUGAAUAAAGUGAGUGAAUCUCAGCUGGUGUCUACGGCAAAAUCUACUUUAAAACAGCAACAUGUGAAGAUAGACAAAGUUUCAGGGAACAUGGGUUUA